AUGGUGGAGCACAAAUGUCCCAAAGGCGACUCUUGGAACAAAGCUAGGGUUCCAAGAACAAAGGAGCUGGUCUUUAGCUUCAACAGGACAUUACAUUUGGAGGUCAAUAAGGUUAUGGUGGAGCACAAAUGUCCUAAAGGCGACUCUUGGAACGAAGCAAGAAAUUGGUAUUUUUAUAGUCAAGAAAUAGAAAAUUCUCUGUUGGAUUGUGGAUAUGUGGGAUUAGCAUUCAAUCAUACACUGAGUGUUACGGCUAAAGUUAUAGAAACAAUAGAUAUAAAGAUAGAUGAUACAGAGAGUCUUGUAGUUAUAUUCUGAAGAAAGAAAGUAAAUGAAUGAAUGAAAGAGAUUGCUCAAGAUAUUGGAUUGUAUUGAUAACGCGUCAUGACAUUUAAGAUCGUUUUGAUUACGAAACAAUUGAAAUAAUGCUGUAAAUGUUUUUCGACAUUUCUAUCAAGGUCACAGUGACAAAAGGAAGUAUUCGCCCUGUCUUGGAAAUCUGUACAUGGAAAUCAUAAUGUAAGAGGAUUUGUCUGCUUCCCUGAUUGUGUGGAAUCAUCAUGCAGCAAUAAUGUUAGAUUAGAAUGGUCUCAAGUUACAUUGGCUAUAUCGUUCAGUUAUAGUUGUGGGAAUUUUACUAAUGAAAUAAAUUGUUUUAUCUAACU